AUGUCUUCACAAGAACCCGACAUCGACAACUCUCCCCCGGUGGAUGAUUCUCCACAGGAGAAAUCUAUCGAGGAGAAGAACGUCCUGCCUACCACUGUCCACGCAGCUGACGAUUUUGAGCACAAGGUCGUCGAAAAGCUCGGUGACAUUGGCAAUAACACAGCACCCCUCAACGACAUCGAGUAUGUCAUGGACAAGAUUGGGAUACUGAGUGUUGAAGAAUGCAAGGAUAUCAUCCGGGAUCUACUCAAACACCAUGAAUACGACUACAACUUCUCGGACAGCCAGCGCAAGAAACUCGCUGCCCUAAUCGAGGGACCUUCUGACAAUCAGGCAACGGAAGAGUGGGAGUUGGAAUUGAAGACCGAGGCGGCAAUCAACAAGUUCUUUUCCCCAUAUCCGGAGGUCCGCGCUAUCACCACUCCCACAGACGAUGUGAAUAUCCCAUGUGAGACUAUCCGAGCGCAUUUGCUUGGCUACAUGUGGGCGGUUAUCGCGCAGUUCACGAAUUCGUUGUUCAACUCACGGUUUCCCUCGAUUACAUUGGGAUCCUCGGUUGCACAAAUUCUUCUCUAUCCAUGUGGCCUCUUCCUUGCUUGGGCACUACCAGACUGGAGCUUUACAGUUCGCGGCCAACGAGUCUCGUUGAAUCCUGGCCCGUGGACAUACAAGGAGCAAAUGCUUUCCACCAUCAUCAUCGACGUUGGACUGACUUCCGCCUACUGCUUCUGGAAUAUCCAGACUCAAACCGUCUACUACAAAGAUAAAUGGCUGACCCCUGGCUAUGGCAUUCUCCUUCUUCUGUCUACGCAGCUCAUGGGACUAGGCUUCUCUGGACUACUACGCCGCUUCGUGGUCUAUCCAGUGGAAGCCAUAUGGCCCAACAUUCUUCCCACUGUCGCACUGAACAGGGCAUUGCUUGUGCCGGAGAAGACUGAAACUAUCCAUGGCUGGCGGCUAUCGCGAUACAAGUUCUUCUUCCUCUUUUUUGGUGGCAUGUUUAUCUACUUCUGGCUUCCCGACUUUAUUUUUCCUGCUCUCAGCUACUUUGCUUGGAUGACGUGGAUUGCUCCGAACAAUUUCAACCUGAAUACGAUUACAGGGUCAACGAACGGUCUCGGAUUUAAUCCCAUUUCGACUUUUGACUGGAAUGUGCUCUCUGCAUAUUCAUAUCCCCUUGCGUACCCCUUCUUUGCAUUUUUCCAACAGUUUCUAGGGACGCUACUCGCUGGGUUGAUCAUUAUCGCCUUGUACUACACCAAUACCAAUUGGUCGGCAUACCUUCCUAUCAACUCUUCCGGCAUCUUUGACAACACUGGGAACUCAUACAAUAUCACGAGGGUCAUCAGCCCUGAUACUGGGGUUCUCGAUGAGAGUGCGUAUGAGCAAUAUUCGCCGGCAUUCUACAGUGCUGGAAAUCUGGUUGUCUAUGGUGCCUUCUUCGCCUUUUACCCUCUCACAAUGGUAUUCAUCAUCCUCGACGCUUGGCGGCCGCUUCUGAAGGCCUACAAGUCCAUGGCAAACGCGGCCAUUUCAUCGACAAGGAAGCUUCUGAGCUCUAUAUAUGAUGGCUUUGACGACCCCCUGACCAACCUUAUGCGCAGCUAUCCCGAAGUUCCCGAUUGGUGGUUCCUGAUUAUUGCCCUCGUUGCGUUCAUCUUCGCAAUCAUCAUUGUGACACACUGGCCACAGCUCAACACGCCUGUUUGGACAGUUUUCUUCGUGAUCGGUCUCAACUUGGUGUUUCUGAUUCCAAUGUCCUACCUCUAUUCAAUCUCGGGAACGACUGAAGGUUUGAACGUUGUCACAGAACUGAUCAUUGGGUAUGCUUUGCCCGGACAUCCGGAAGCUCUGAUGUUUGUGAAAGCAUUUGGGUACAACAUCAACGGCCAAGCCGACAAUUAUAUCUCCGACCAAAAAAUGGGCUUCUAUGCCAAAGUGCCUCCGCGGGCCAUGUACCGUGGUCAAGUCCUCAGCGCAAUUAUCACGGCAUUUGUAGCAUACGGAGUUGUGCAAUUUGCCGACACUCAGAUUCCGGGAAUCUGCACUCCCGACCAAGUUUCCAGUUUCAAUUGCGAGAACGGCUCGCAGGUAUACUUCUCAGCCUCCGUGGUUUGGGGUGCAAUCGGUCCCAAGAGAAUCUUCAGCCAGAUCUAUCCCGCCAUUAAAUAUACAUUCCUCCUUGGUUUCCUUCUUGCGCUACUGUGGUGGGGCCUGAAGCGCUUUGGAUCGUAUAUUCGGGCUGCGUCUCAAGUUGUAUUACCUGCCUCCAUCCACCGGCCCAUCGAUAUCGUCGUCUUCACACCUAUAUCGUGGCUCAAACACGUCCAUCCUUCCCUUGUCUUUAAUGGCAUGCUUCAGUGGGCACCUCUUAACCUUACAUACUUCACUGGCGGCCUCUACUUCUCUUUUGCCUUUAUGUACUACCUCCGGAGGUACAAGACAUCAUGGUGGGAAAAAUACAACUAUGUCUUGUCCGCAGCACUGACUGGCGGCGUUGCGUUUUCUGGUAUUAUUAUCUUCUUUGCUGUACAGUAUCAUCCCAAGAAUAUUAGCUGGUGGGGUGUGAAUGUCCUUGGAGAGACAAUUGAUGGCGGCGCUGGACAGCAGACCCUUCUUACUGAGUUGCCAGCAAAGGGUUACUUUGGUCCUGACACUUGGCACUAA